UUCUGUUGUCUCUGAUGCUUUGCUAGAACAGUCUAUCUCUAAAAUACAAAUGCACGUGCGGAAGCAGACCUCCACCAGCUCCCAUGGCUGCUACUACCACUCUCCUCUCUCUCCAUCUUUACCCCCAUCGUUCUGCAAAAUCACGAAAGUGCCCCUAUCUCCUUCCCAUCUCUCCCUCUACGACAGUUACACGGCAGAAGCUCUCCUGCUGCCUAUCCCUAGAUCCAACGGACCAGAAUCACUCCUCAUCAACUACUGCACCCGAUGAUCUCUGCGUCGUCUUCGCUGCCGGCGGUACCGGUGGCCACAUCUACCCGGCCAUCGCGAUCGCCGAUGACAUCAAGCUCAAGGACCCAACCGUCAAGAUCCUCUUCGCUGGGACCCAAUCCGGCAUGGAAUCCGUCUCUGUUCCGUCCGCCGGAUACGACUUUGUCGCGGUCCCUGCUGUCGCACUAGCCCGCCCCCUCCUCUCCCUCCAGAACCUCCUCUUCCCGUUCUACCUUCUCAAAUGCAUCGCUGCCAGUUACAAGAUGCUGCGCGACGUCCGCCCGGCGAUCGUUAUAGGGACCGGCGGGUACGUCUCGGCCCCCACGUGCCUGGCUGCUGCCCUCCAAGGCAUCAAGAUCGUGAUCCAAGAGCAGAACUCCGUGCCUGGGAUCGCAAACCGGCUUCUUGGGCUCUUUGCUGACACCAUAUUUAUAGCAUUCAACAUGUGUUCGUCGUAUUUCCCCAGAGAGAAGUGUGUGCUGAGUGGGAACCCGGUGCGGGCGUCGCUGCGUACUUACACAUCGAAAGCGGUGGCAAGGCUGCAUUUCUUCACGCGGGCUGCGGUGGCUGGGGCAGAGGUGGUGCUGGUAUUGGGUGGGUCUUUGGGGGCGAAUUCGAUCAACAUUGCGGUUCUGAACAUGUAUUGUCAGAUGUUGACGGAGAAUGAGAAGAGGUUCUUGAUAUGGCAGACCGGUGUGGAAGCGUUUGAUGAGAUGGAGAGCUUGGUGAGGUGCCAUCCUCGGCUGCUGUUGACGCCGUUCUUGCACACAAUGGAUCUGGCGUAUGCAGCUGCAGACCUUGUUGUUUCUAGAGCUGGUGCAAUGACUUGCUCUGAGAUCUUGGCCACUGGGAAGCCAUCUAUUCUGAUACCAUCACCAAAUGUCACAGAAGGUCAUCAAACAAGAAAUGCAUCCAUUAUGGCAAGCAUAGCAGGUUCAAGGGUUCUAACAGAAGAUGAACUUGACUCAACUACUCUUUUAAAUGCAAUUGAUGAGAUCUUAGGUGAAGAUAUUCUGAUGGCAGAGAUGUGUGAGAAGGCUAUGAAGGCUGCACGGCCGGAUGCAUCUGCACAUAUUGCCCUACACAUUCUUUCCCUCAUCAAGCUACCAUCACAAUAAAUAAAGAAGGGAAAAAGAAAGAAAAAUAAUAAUAAUAAUAAUGACACGAGGCAUGGAAUUUAGCAGGUAUGAUUCUGUUGAAAAUCUUAGGCCAUUUUUGGAUGCCACUUAGAAAUGAUUUAAUCUCAUUUUAGUUAAUACCAAUAACAUAUUAGAGAUCACAGUUUAUAUAGAUUGUUGGUAUCUUUUUAAUCCAUGCCCCCUGAAAAAAAGAUAUCUAAUGCAUAAUUAGGAUUAAAUAAAAUGAGAUGAACUCAAAAAUUAAGUGGCAACCAAACUGGUCAUUCCUGUUUUCAUGAUCAGUUUACGUCGCCUGUAUUCAAAUCACACACGAAUUGCUUCCAUAGCAUGUAGGCAGAACAGAUUGAAAACAUACUGCAGAAGAACUUGAGAUUAUGGAUGA